GUUGCGCGUUCUGGCUGGGUCCCUGACGAUUGCUAGAUAUGUAUAGAGUGCGGAGGGUUGCAGCCGGCCAUCGAUCUAGGUACGCCAACACCCACCGGCUAAAGUAGAGAUUAAAGAGCGUAUAGGCGUAUACUCUUUUCGAUAGCGAUAAGACGCCAAGAAGUGGUGUUACCCUCACCUACGUUCCCCAAGCUGUCGUGUUAAGCUCAUGCAGCCACCCAGAGAGGAGAGCAAGCGAGAGAUGUGACAUCUGGGAUGAUCUGGGAUGCAGGUGGAUAAAUGAAAAAGGGUCGUUGUGGGGGGAGGGGAAAGUUACAUCAGGCUCCCCAAGGAUAUGGAAGAUGGUGUUCCGACGACGUUCUCCAUCGUCAUCGAUUGCCUAUAAAACACCAGAGCUCGGGAGCUAGUGAGUGGGAAGAACGAGAGAGCUCUCUGAACGCUGUCCUUAUCCCCAACUGACCUCGACUACCUCAACCUAGCAGCAAGACAACAACAAAAAAAAGAAUAUCGAAUAAAAAUGGCCAUCUCAACCGAAGUCCCGAAGACCGUGGAGUGGAACGGGAAGCAGGUCCCGGUCUACCCCAUGGAGAUCAUCGACUUCUCGAAGCUGCUCUCCCAGGAGCCCCUCGAGAUUGAGAGGCUUGUCAAGAGCUGCCAGGACGAGGGAUACUUCUACCUGGACCUUCGAGGAAUCGACGGCCGCAGGAUGGUCGAGGACCAGCAGGACACGCUGAAGCUUAUGUACCGCUUCUUCGAUGCCCCGCUCGAGGCAAAGAACGAGUUCGGUCUUGUUGCUCCCCAUCUCGGCUACGAGCCCGUCGGCUCCCGCACCGGCGUCCUAGAGAACACCAAGGACGGGUACGAAAUGAUCAAAGUAUCGCGCGACGAGAUCCAAAAGGACAGCCCGCACCUACCCGCGGUGCUCAAGAACAGCCCCGACAUGAAAGUCCUCGAGCACGCCAUCGCCGGCGCCAACAUCGCGACAAAGACGAUCCUAGCGGCGCUGUCCACCGGUCUCGGGCUAACCGGAGCCGAGCGCUUCGAGAACACGCACCGAAACGAGAGGCCAUCGACGAGCACGUUGGCCAUGAUGCACUACAUCCCGUCUGAGCCGUCGGCGAAGAACAUCGGGCACCAGAAGCACACGGACAUCAGCUCGCUGACCUUCCUGUUCGCCGAGCAAUGGGGUCUACAAGUGCGGCCGCCAGGAUCCAAGCAAUUCGGAUUCGUCGAGCCGAAGGAAGGCAUGGCCGUGAUCAACGUCGGCGACUCGCUGCGCUUCGCAUCGGGACACACCAUGCAGUCGUGCAUCCACCGCGUAGUGCCAUUGGACCCGACCGAGCACCGGUACUCGAUCGCGUACUUCCUGCGCGCGGAGAACGACACCGUGUUCACCGACAGCGAAGGGCGUCUGAUUACCGCGGGCCAGUGGCACGACGAGAAGUUCUUCGCCUUCACCAGCCCGCCUGAGGUCCAGGCCUUGGCGCCCAGCUCCAUGAUCCUCGGCGGCAUGACCGAGGAGGACGAUGCGCCGGAGGCCGAGACCAAGGACGCGCCUAGCCCCAUCUUGGGCGCGGCUAACGGCCUGAAGGACUCCGUCCAGGUGUACUAGACGCGACGUGUAUAACACUCCCCUUGGGUUUCUAAAAGGGGGAGAAAGGGGAAGAAGACGAAUCGGAGAGGUUUAUAGAGAGGAAGUUUGGUUGAUACCUACCUACCUACUAACGGUCGUUAUCCCAUAAGGACUCUCGAGAAUAUGAAGGUCCUCCUUGUCUCUCGUUGUGUGCUGGAUCGGGUAGUACAUCUUCUAGAUCGCCCCAUAAAUCAGGCAGAUAGAUGGAGGGAAUCGAUACACUCCAUAGGUACCAUCUGUAGUCUUUAAAUAGGACUAUAUUUCUUUUGUCGUUACGGCAAGUUUGACCAGU